UCAUGUUCUUAGGUACUUACAUUUCUAAUACACUCCACACACAAAUCGCACUUCGAGCCAGCUGGUGAAAUAUCAAAUAUGGCACAAUCAGUUAUUGCAAUGGAAUAGCAUCAACUGUUAUCUUUACUUGCUAUUGGUUUACUGGCUCGCAGUCUUUCCAUUCCUUUCUGUCGUUGCUUGUUUGUUGUCCAUCCAUUUCCUGUUCCAGUUCACUGCGGUCCAAUGAAAUCCGUUUGCUCCCUCACCAGUUCUCAGCCUUCCCGACGUUGCAAUUGUGUCGCAUUUAUCCCGUUUGUUCUGUUUGGUUUGCGCCCAGAAAAGUCAGCUACUCCUCUACAUACAUAUAGGCAUCCAUGAACCUUUGGCACAUUCGAGGCGCAAUUUAUCCAGAGGUACAGAAAACCCCGCCUUCAAAGACGCAUCUACCCGUCUGCACGAAUCUGCGCGAAACCUGAUCGAGGCACAGAUAACUUGGAUCUCGAGUUUGCAAACGCGCAUGCCGGAAGGGGUUUAUAUAUGAAGAAGGGUUUGAAAGAGGUUGCGCAUUGUACAUUCUUUCAAGGAGAAUUCUCACAUAAUGUCUGCGGCACCGAAGACGCCAGGUUUGGCCGGCAAGAUUAGAGCAGAUGAGGAGAUCAAAGGCAUUUACGAUAGCCUCAAUGGGCGAUGGGACUUGGGUCUUCUACAGCAGGGUCUCGAUUCACCCGGGAAUCGAAAAAGUAGAUGCAAAUCCUCACAACAGCAAUUGGUUGACGAGAUCAUGUUCAAGAUCAGAUACCUGUACUACAAGAAUCUUGUGUAUACUCUUCUUGAAUCCUUCAAUGCGCAAGCUCAAGGUCUGUACAGUGGAUGGGCCUAUAAACCUAAGGCUGAUCGAGGCGUGGUACCAGAAAAAACACGCCAAAGGCCUCACCCAACUACACCCCACGAACGAAUGGAAUUGCUACAGUGCUUGGCGUCGAUUCUAAAUACUGAGUUUGAAAGUUGCCAGUCAAGAUCCGCAACACCUAGCUCCCGCGGCUUUCAACAGGGUAUCUCAGCGAAAGCUAAUGCAUCUAUCCGCUCUAUCCAAAAUACACAUCCUGACGACAGUCCUGUUGCUUUUCCGUUUAAGUCUGCCCAGAAGCCUGAUGGCAAGCGUGUCCUUGAGCCAUUUCCCGAUAUUAUCACCAACACCAAAAAGACAAAAGCGCCGGAGAACAAGUCCUCUGGCCGCGAAAGUCUUUCUAAACUUCCACCACUGCAUUGGAAUGUUUCCCGGCCUCAAAACACAAAGUCGGCUCUAUCUAAGAUGGUACCGUUGAAAGGGGAUGCAACCACAAAGGUGGAUACAAGUUUUACUACAGAUGUCUCUGUUGUGUUUUCUCAGGGGUAUAGUAGCACUCUCGUCAAUACUCAAUCUACGGCUCCGGAUCCAGAUCCAGAGCCAGAGCCGGUGACGAAAAAAUUGCGUACAGACCCCUUCUCAUUGGACGAGCAAGGACCAAAAACACAAAGCUCUGAUUUUGGUAGCAGUUUUGAUACCACUGAGGCCGAUAUGGCGUAUGCCGAAAGCCUUGGUGCUAUGGCUCCAUCACAAGAUCCACCCAAGUAUGAUAUAAUGGAUGAUUUGGAUGAUGAGAUGUCCGACGAAAUGUUAGAUGGAAUCGUGGAUGGCUCUAAACACAAAGAUACGGAGAGUUGUUUGAACGAAAUGCUGCGUGAGUUAUCUUCCAUACUCACCUGCAGCGCUAAAUACAUGGCAUGGCCACAUUGAAACCAGGGCUACAAGAUUGCUAAUACCUCAUCACAGCUACAUUACCGCCUUGUCUGAAAAGAGCUCCAUUUUCCGUUAGUUACGAAAUUACUCGUGUUUUUCUCUUCGUCCAGGUCCCAAUAUCCGAAUUCACUUCACCAUACGUUAAGGCAUGGGAAGAAUAUGACAAACUCUGGAACAUGUUGAAAGGUCUCCCCAUACUUCAAGGUAAAAAGUUUCCGGAACGAUGCCCACCGAAGGUUUGGGACAUUGCUACAAAGGGAUAUAUACGUGGUUUCAAUGGCAUAGUCUUUACCGCGACUUUACGUGAAAACAAAACGGAGUCAGGACCUCUGAUCUCAUUUCAUCUCCAACCCAUGAAAUUGGAUUUGACCAAUCGUCUCGAACGUAGGUUUGGGAGUGAUAGGUUGAUUGAGUUUGCGGUUCCCGAUUUGGGAAGUAGGAAACGUGGUUCCACGGCAUUCAAAGUAGAUACCAAUGCAUGCGAUGUCUUGAAGUCUUGGCUAGUGAAUGGUGAUCAUCAACUGCUGGGUAGGACUUAUAAAGCAUUUUACCUUACGAGUGGUAAAAGGAAGAGGAAGAGUAGCUUGAAGUCAGACGCUGAGGAGGAAAGUUCCGCCACACCCUAUCGCGCCUUUCUCUUUGCAACUGAUGGUAAUGGUUUUGUUAAAGGAAGUAGAGCGAGAGACCCCCCUCCUCAGGUCCGUGUUCGUAUGACAGUUGGGGAAAUGUUGAACUAUAUAAGGCCAACUGCAGAGAAUGAUCAUCAGCCUUAUAUGAAACUAUUUGCGAGAACUGCCUUAGGUAAGAUCGACAUGUUUUGGCACAUCCUAGUUUAGUUUCAUGAUUUUUCUACUUGCUAAUCACCAGACAGUUUUGUCUAGGAAUCGUGCUACUGUUACUGUCGAUCGGGCUCAUAUUAGAAGGAAGAAGGAUAUCCGAAAUCCAGAUGUAAAUGAUCCCAAGAAGACUUACGUCAUGACAGAUGGCGCUGGUAGACUUUCAUUAGCCUUGGCUAGGAAGAUAGUUUUUGAGCUCGAGUUGUCAUAUAUACCAGCCGCCUUUCAGGGCAGAUUUGGUGAAGCAAAAGGUCUUUGGAUUGUUGACCGUAGCGAGGAUAUUGAAAGCGAUUGGAUUGAGUUAUAUGACGAACAAUGCAAAUGGAAACGUGGAGAAGAGGGCAGCCCUGAGUUUGAUCAUUGGUCUCAUCGCACUUUUGAAGUUGUAGGACAUUCUGCUCCAUUGAAGACAGCGGAUCUAAAUACUCAGCUUCUUCCACUUCUCGUGCAUCAAGCUAAAGAUCCACGAGCAAUGAGAAAUGCAAUUCUUAAUGCAUUGAAAGACGGCCUGAAGCAGUCGCUGGAAGAACUCAAAACUGCUUUAACUAGUCCUCAGGAACUUCGCAGUUGGAUUCCGCUCACGAAUUCAUCAGUUCAAGAUAGGAUCAAGAAUGGUGCUAUUCAGUGGCGUGGAGGCCUGCCAGCAAAGCAUGAAGAUAGGCUCAGUACACUUCUUGAUGCCGGAUUUGACCCCCGAAAGCUACACUACGUCAUGGAAUUGGCCAGGAAAGCGUUUGAUAUGAAAUGCGAGGAAUUAAAGGAACGUCUUAAUAUCACCGUUGCUAAAUCUACCAAAGUGUACAUGGUUCCCGAUUUUUGGGGUGUCUUGGAGCCUAAUGAGGUACAUUUGAAUUUCUCAAGUUUUGUGGACAACGGAUCUGGAUUGUCUGAUACUCAACUGGAAAAUGUGGAUGUACUUGUGGCUCGAAACCCUGCUCAUUACCCUAGCGACAUUCAAAGAGUCACCGCUGUUAGUAAACACGAAUUAAGACAUCUUAAAGAUGUUAUCGUCUUUUCUACCAAAGGUUAUCCAUCCCUAGCGGACAAGUUAUCAGGCGGUGAUUAUGAUGGAGAUAUUGCAUGGGUUUGUUGGGAUCCUGCCAUCGUUGAGAGUUUUGCCAAUGCAGAUGUCCCCAAAGCUCCGGAUCUUGUCAAAGAAGGUUUUAUCGGGCAAGAUAAAAGGACUUACGCACAGCUGACCAAAGGAUGUUCGGAUCCAACGAAUACUUUUCUGUGUGCCAGUUUUAAGUUUAAUAUGUGUCAAAGUAUGCUUGGCCCGUGUACAGCAUGGAAAGAAAACAUUGAAUAUGACAUUCGUGACCUCGAUAGGCCAGAAAUUACAUUCUUGUCAACUUUACUUAGUAACCUGGUUGACCAGGCAAAGCAGGGUUACAUUUUUACGGAGAAGCAUUUCCAAAAGGUCAAGACUCACGUACUUAAAACCACUAGAACACCUCGCUUGCCAGCAUACAAAGACAAAGAUGAAGUACCAAGCAAAAAAGACCAUAUUCUUGAUCAUAUGAUGAACGUUGUUCACGAAGAAACGAAAGCCUUGAAAACGGAAUUUUAUGAUAGUGUUGACACCCCACCUCAAUAUGAUCCUGAGUUAGCCCAGUUCUACAUUGAUCAGAGAGAAAAAGUAAAGGUACUGAAGAAGGAAACUGCGACUCCGGAGGAGAUAGAGAGGGCAGCACAUUGGAAAUUACUUCUCGAUCAACUGGAUGAAGAUGUCAAUAAGGUCAAAAACAAUUGGAUUAAUCGUAUGCUCAGUGGACAAACACCAUCAAAAAGAUUUACUCGGGACGAAGACGAAACCCGAGCGGAUUUUGCACCAAUUCGAGAUGAAUGCUUUCAGGAGUUCCGCGAUAUCAAACCACACGCCGAUAACAAAUUGAUCUCGACAUGGUUAGAUCAAGAUACCGAAGCGGAAUAUGGAGAUUGGGCUCUUUUGAGGGCAAGUGCUCUUUAUGCUACUUAUGCCCCAAAACCAUAUUUCCGAAACUCGGCUCAUGUUCCGAAGUUGGUUUGGUGGAUGGCGGGGAGACAAUUUGCGAUGCUUAAGGCGAGGCGGAGGGGAUUUGUUCCUGUCGCUGAUCAUAUGUAUGUUAUGCUUAAGGCGAAUGUGGGAUUUGUGAGGCAGUUGAGAGCGCAUGAGGGGAUGGGGAUGGGGAUGGAUUACGAGAUGAGGCUUGGGGGUAUGGAUGGGGAUUGGGAUGAUGGUGAGUUUGAUGAUAGUGUUUUUGAUGAGGUUUUUGAAGAGGUUUGAGGGAUUAGUGCAUUUUUGAGUGGUUGGUUAUGGGUUGGCUUUUGACAUGUUGGGUACAUUGUACUGGCGAGUUCUGAUGAAAAUGUGUGUUGAUGGGAUGGAAGGGUUGGUUUAGGGCGUUUGGAUUUGGAUUUGGGUUUGGGUUCUGAUUCGGCUUCUGAUUGGUUUGGAACGAUUUGACGUUGGAUAUGUAUUUGACGAAUUGGAGGAUACCCAUUUGUUUGUUUUGUAAGAUCAAGAUGUGUAAGAUGCACAGUUUUUGAUAUUACGUACUUUGCCUACCUAUCUAGGUAUCUAUUGAAGUCGGUUGGUUUACUGUAAUACUGUACUUGAAUUUUUUUUUUCUCUGGAGUGAAAUUAGAUAAGCUAGCUAGGUUAGAAGGGGAGAAGGGGAGAAGUGAAGUGAAGUAAGAUGAUAUUGUAAUGAAUUCUUUAAAUUG